AAGAAGGCAAAUUCUGCCAAAGAAAAGUAAAAACGAGAAAUGUCUGCCCUUUUCAACUUUCAAUCAUUGCUCCUUGUCAUCCUUCUAUUGAUCUGCACAUGUACAUACGUUCGGGCCAUUGCACCAAGGCUUGUGGAUAGGAAUAAGCAGGGCUUUCUCGGAAUUUUCUUCAUGUCUGCACGAAUAGGAGAACGCCUGUCUCCGUAUGUUUCGCUUGCAUGUAUUGCUAUGGCGGUUACAUUGCUGUGGCAAUGAAAUCGAGUAGAGUCUCAGUCGAGUAAUACAGGAAGAAACCUCAUGAACUCUUCUUCUGCUUUUUUUUACCUUUAGGCUCAGUUGUAGUUGCCUUCAACUUUCGUUUCUGAUUUUUCUCCUCCUUCGCCUUCUUCUGAGCUUUUUCCGCUUCCCUCCCAAGCGCCGCGAAUGUAUCAUCCUCAUCUACACUACUGGCGUUGUCAUCUUCGACCAAGGUAAUACCUUCGCCUUCACCCU